UUCUUGGAAAAGCCUGCUCAAAUAUGUGGCUGGAAUAACCUCUUUUGAAUUGACACAAACAGCUGUUUCUUCAUCUCAACAGGAUGUUUGUUUCAUUUAUUCCACGAGGACUAAACAUUCGAUUUCUGUCGACUAAGAGGUAAAAAGCUACGCCGAUUUUUAUUCUGUGUAAUCAAGCAUCACCCUUUUCAACUUUGCUGUGACAGGAUACACGCAGAGCGGCAUCAGUGGCCUUGAAUCCGAGUAUCAGGUUAUAUCAGUGUGAUCCAUCUAGGUAACGCUACACCGUACCAGGAGUGUGACACUGAAAUACACUGCAGCUCAACAAUUGGCCUCCUGGAUUUGAACCAGAGCUGAAGGCAAAGAAACACUUCCACAAAGAAAAAAAAAAAGCCUGGCUUGGAUCCAUUUCAUCCACAAAGCCUGGACCGUGAAGCCCGAUCGAUCCCGAUACAGCGGGCUGCCACAGGUGGCUGCACAGCUAUUGGCUACUCAAUAAUGCAUUGACUCCUACUGAGGAAUGAAAAGGAGGAGAAAGUGCUUCUGAUGCUUUGAAAAAAGUGGGUGACUGUGGAGAGAAAGCUGAAAGUGAUUAUUUCUGGAUAGCGUGGGGAAUUGAGGACGUGUGGAAGUGAAAACUGUGAGCAGAUGUUAAAGAGGAAAAGAAAAAGAGAAGAAAAUGGCUGCUGACAAAGUGGCAUUGGGACAAAGACCGUAGGAAACUUUGCAAAGUCAACAGGAAGGGGACAAAUAACCCAAAGGAGUACAAUUUAACGACAAUUUACAAAGAAGGAUAAAACUAAAUAUUAGCAGACAAAAAGGAGAACUUGUGAUCGUUCAGAGGUUGGUCUAAAAAAAGUGUUGUCAUCAUGGUGAACACUGGCAUGCAGCUGAUCAGCUUCACCUGCGCUGUGACUGGCUGGAUCAUGGCGAUCGCCGUCACGGCCUUGCCUCAGUGGAAGGUCUCGGCCUUCAUCGGCAGCAACAUCCUGACCUCAGAGAUCAAGUGGGAAGGCAUCUGGAUGAACUGCAUCUACCAGACUACUGGACACAUGCAGUGCAAAACAUACGACUCCAUGCUGGCUUUGCCUCCGGACAUCCAGGCGGCCCGCGCCCUCAUGUGUCUGGCCAUCUUCAUGGGCUGGCUCUCCUGCACCGUGUCCUGCUGCGGCAUGAAGUGCACCACCUGCGCCGGGGACGACCGCCGGGCCAAGGCGGGCAUCGCGCUCUCAGGCGGGGUUCUCUUCAUUCUGACCGGCCUGUGCGUGCUGAUCCCCGUCUCCUGGACUGCUAACACCGUCGUCCAGGAUUUCUACAACCCCAACGUGCCACUGAUGCACAAAAGAGAGCUGGGGCAGGCAAUUUAUCUGGGCUGGGCGUCUGCGGUUAUUCUUAUGAUCAGUGGAGCUGUGUUGAGCAGCACCUGCCCCCUCAUGGAGAGGAGCGGCAGGUACCGCAGGGGCUACAUAGGCCGGAGCUUCGCUAAUUCACCCGCUUCAGCACCAGAUCCCCCGAAACCCAUCACAUCCAAUAGUGUACCAUUAAAAGAGUAUGUAUAG